CUCUCUCGGGCUGCAUCCGUUUGUAUCCGUUUGUUAUCUUUCUGAUUUGUAGCUGUUAAAUUCGGAAUUUUUCUUGGUGGGUUCGUCUUAGAUUUUAUUUUGGUUGCUGUCGGAGUCGCGAAUUCGAGGAGUUCAGAUUCUUCAGAAUGGCUCUUAAUGUGAACAAGGUUCCAAAUGGUACCAUUCUGGCUAAGAGGGCAAAUGCCUCAAGAUCACUUAGAGUUUUAUUACCCUUUUGGCCAAAAAGAAGCAAUGAUCAUCCUCGAGUUGCUAGAUCGGGAUCCAACCUUGAAGGGUUACAGGGUUUUAAUGUAAAACCCGUUGCUUUAGCCAAUUCUCGAAGAUCUUCCACUCUAUGCUUUCUCGGAAAGUCACGAGACACAGAAUCUAAAGAGUCUACGAAAUGCUCUGAAGAAAGUGAAGGUGAGGGCCAAGUAAUGCCGAGUAGAACAGACAACUCAAGCCGGGUCGUGGUGGAAUAUGUUUCCAAUGAUGCUAAGUUUGUGAACGAAAGGGCUCGUAAUGACUUAGUUCUUCUUUCUCGCGGCAUUGUGAGGCUUGAUGCUCGUGCACGUCAAGACAUUGCCAUUCUCGGAUCAGAGUUUCUUAAACUGGACGCUCGGGCAAGAGAAGAUACUGAGAAAAUAGACCGUGGUGUCAAGAGAAAGGCAGAGCGUCUUCAUCAUAUCGCUACUAUCUUGAAGAACAAAGCUCAGUCUAAAUUGAAAAACGCUGCUGAGAAGCAUUGGAGUGAUGGAGCCUUAGAGGCAGAUUUAAGGCGAGCAGAUUUCCGUGCUAAACAACGGGCAAUGGAGGAUGCCCUAAUGGCUCUAGAGUUCAUCAAGAAUAUUCACGACAUGAUGGUACGGAAAAUGUAUAACUUAGGGGUUCCAUCGGGUAAUUCUAUGACAGACUGUAUAUCCCUCGAGAAGAACGGAAGAGCUCUCGAGUUUUUCCCUGGGGAAGUUUCAUCUGAUCGUAUAGAAGCUAUCGAGGAAGCUUACCGGAGCAUGGCAUCAGCUCUCUCGGAAGCCGAUGGAAUCGAUUAUACCGAUCCCGAAGAGCUUGAGUUGUUGAUUGCAACGCUGAUCGAUCUCGAUGCAAUGGAUGGAAAAAGCAGUGCUUCUCUCUUGGCUGAAUGUUCAAGCUCUCCUGACGACAAUACAAGACAAGCUUUGGCUAAUGCCUUAGCGGCGGCACCUUCCAUGUGGACUCUGGGAAACGCAGGCAUGGGAGCAUUACAGAGGCUGGCGGAGGACAGUAACCCGGCGAUAGCAGAGGCGGCUUCGAGAGCGAUAUACGAGUUGAAGAAGCAGUGGGAGAUCGAAGAAGGGGACUCACUGAGGUUUAUGAUGACGAUGAACAACACCACUUCCUCUGAGGAUGAUGACGUCGGCAAUGGCGGCGACCACGUCUGAUCUGAACUUUGUCCUAAAACUGUAGAUAUUUUGCAACACAGAAAUAGAAUGUUUUACAAUAGACGUUUUGUAGAAUGUUAUAUUUUGGUAAUGUAUCAAAGACAUAUGUAAGGAUUAACCCUAAACUUCUCCCAUAAACAGAACAUUCACACACUCAAUCCUCCAA